UGGUUUCAAUUGUUCGAAAAUGCCCCUACCGGUUUUGGCCCUUGGGCGUUCCUAAAAUGAUUGAAGCACUUCCUUUUAUUUCCAAGGAAGCUUUUUGGUUCAACUCGGAUUCCCAAAGCCGAUCUAUUUCUAUUUUCUAUAUAUAAUUCACCGGUUCCACGAACCCUAGAAAUCAUCGUGUAAGCGCACCACCGGUGUCCUGGAUUAUAUAGAAAGAGAAGAGAGCAAUGGACGAUAGCUGUGCCGUUUGCGCCGAGACUCUCGAAUGGGUUUCGUACGGACCAUGUGGCCAUCGCGAUGUGUGCUCGACUUGCGUGGCUCGUCUUCGCUUCAUCUGCGACGAUCGCCGUUGCUGCAUCUGCAAAACCGAGUGCAACGUUGUCUUUGUCACGAAGGCCUUAGGAGAUUAUACAAGAAUGGUUAAUGAUUUUUCAAUCCUGCCGACUGAAUCAAGGGAGGGUCAAGUGGGAAUGUACUGGUAUCAUGAGGACACACAAGCAUUUUUUGAUGAUGUGGACCACUACAAGAUGAUCAAGGCAAUGUGCAGGCUUUCUUGCAGUGUAUGUGACCAGAUGGAGGAACAAUCAAAUGAUGGCUCAAAGAGAAGGCAAAAGUUUAGGAAUAUUGACCAGUUGAAGGGUCAUUUAUUCCAUCGGCAUAAAUUGUUCAUGUGCAGUUUGUGUUUGGAAGGAAGAAAAGUAUUUAUUUGUGAACAAAAGCUCUACAAUAGAGCACAGUUGAAUCAGCAUAUAAACACAGGUGACUCUGAGGUGGAUGGAAAUGAGGCUGAAAGAGGUGGCUUCAUGGGGCAUCCGAUGUGCGACUUCUGUAGAAGCCCAUUUUAUGGAGAUAAUGAGCUGUACUCGCAUAUGUCCACGGAACAUUAUACCUGUCAUAUAUGCCAAAGGCAGAACCCUGGACAAUUUGAAUACUAUAAAAAUUAUGAUGACCUAGAGAUCCAUUUCCGGAGAGACCAUUUCUUAUGUGAGGACGAAGCCUGCCUUGCAAAAAAGUUUGUUGUCUUUCAAUCUGAAGCAGAAAUGAAGAGGCAUAAUGCUAUAGAACAUGGAGGACGUAUGUCUCGCUCUAAACGUAAUGCUGCUCUUCAGAUACCAACAAGUUUUCGCUAUCGAAGAAGUACUGAACAAGAUCAUCGCCGUGGAAGAGGAAGGACAUUUAAUCGUGAUUCCUCUGCUGAUCAACUCUCCUUGGCCAUUCAAGCUAGUUUGGAGACAGCUAAUGCAAGUGACACAUAUCAUGAUCCACCCCCAUCAUCAUCAUCCAGCACUCAGGCAGUUUCUGAUCAUUAUGAUAGCGAUCCCAUAAUGCAGCCAUUUGAAUCGUUGGCUAUGACAGAUUCUGAAUCUUCUUCGAGAUAUCGUCAAGCCUUGGGUCAUAACCCAAUGAAUGUACCUCUUGUGGAGUCUUCCUUUCCUCCUCUCGCCACGGCACCCAGCAGCAGUCUACCAAAACCCAAACUUGACUCAGAAGGUUUGCCGAAAAAUACCAUGGCUGCACGUCUCCGCCGUCCAGGUAAGGCAAAUGUUCUCCAUUCAGGUCAGGGUUGGCCAGCCCCAAAUCGUGGAUCAGUCCCACUAUCAAGUAGUGCAACUCAAUCUAAGGUUGCAAAUAUUGCACCUGUGCCAUCAUCUAGUCUGGAUCAGGUUAAGCCAGCAACUGGUAGUGGAUCUGCUCCAAACAGCUAUGCUAGUUUUGCUCAGGCUCGACCCACAACAGUGCAUGGAUUUGCAUCAUCUGGUUCUUCAAGUAACUCAGGCAGCAUAAGUAGGAUCAGCCACUCUGCAUCAGCCCCAAAUCUUGCUGAUAGCAAAUCUUUUGAUCCUUCUGUGUCUGAUUUUCCUCCAGUUUCUGCAACACAAAAGCAAAAGUUGCCAACAAUUACCCAGCCCGUGCUGAAUGCAGAAGCUGUUCACACUGCAAACAAGUCUCUGGUGGAAAAGAUCCGUGCUGCUCUUGAAUUUGAUGAAGACAAAUACACCGCUUUUAAAGACAUAUCCGGGCAGUAUCGGCAAGGUUCAAUUGACACCGCAGUAUAUCUGGCUUAUGUUCAGCAGUUUGGUUUGUCACAUCUUGUUCUUGAAUUGGCUAGACUCUGUCCUGAUGCUCGGAAGCAGAAAGAACUUUUAGAGACCUAUAAUGCUAGUGUACGGAGCAGUGGUUUACAAGAAAAUGGUUGGGGGCAUGGCAAUGUCCAUUUUAAAGACAAAAAGAUCUCCAAGAAAGGUAAAGGAAAACCUGUAGUUGUGGAGGACAGUAAUGUGAAGGAUACAUUAGCAGAUAGCAUCAUUAACACAGUUAGGAACCUUCAGUCCACCUUCAAGCCUUCAGAAGAAGAGGUGGAGGUGUUGUCAAAGGAUGGGUACCGUGGUGCAAAAGGCAAAUCAAAGGGAGUGAUUGAUGAGCAACAGUCAGAUCUGAGUUCUGCUAGAGAACCCUUACCAAAGCUGAGUGCCCAAAAUGAGGUGCCAUCACCGGGUGGUGGAUCUAAUCAAAAUUUAGGGGCUGCGAGUGGAGGAAGUCAGCGACGGAAGAAAGCAUCAAAAUUCCUCAGAGCCCGUCUGGGUGAUGGUUCAGUGGGUGCACUUCUGAACUCCCAAGAUCCUGACCCAGAUCCAGAUCCAGUGGAGGAAACAUUAGAUGCAAACAUGAAUCCGGCUGAAGGCUUACCAGUUCAUGGUGUUUGGCGGAAUGGUGGUGGUCAGAGACUUUUUAGCAAUGGCCAGAAGAGAUUCUAAACUACAUUGGCAUGAACUUUUCUGAAGUGCUGUCAAUAGAUGGAUAAGUUUUGAUUUUUGUUCUCCAAUCAUGUGUUUCAAAGUUGUUAUCAUGAUGAGUUGGCUGAUUUAAACCAGUAUAGGCAAAUGAAUUCUGUGUAGCAGUGGAAGUUGAUUGGGAAUGAUGCUGCAUGAGUAGUAGGUCAUUUGUGUUUUGAUGACUUUCAAGUGUUUGCAUAUAGAAAUGACAACUUGAGGUCCAGGCAUUGUUUGAUCCUUCUUUUUCCUAGUUCAGACAACUGUAUUGCAGUUUGUUUGACCCCUUUAUCUUCCUUUUUGUUUUGUGAAAAAAAGAAUACAAGUGUGAAUAUAGUUUUGGCGCAUUUGUGAAGUUCAAUGACUCUCUAAUCAUGUGUUACCUAUGAACCCUCGUAUCUUUGUACUCCCUUUCAUUAUAUAUUUCCUAUGUUCUCUCA